AUGGACAGCUCAAAUCGCAUUCUUCUCACUCGCGACGCCUACACCGUCGGCUGGGUUUGUGUUCUGGACGCCGAGCAAAAUGCCGCCAGGGCUCUCCUAGACGAACUGCACGUCUCUCCACCUACCCCCCACGAUGAGAACGCAUACAUCGUCGGCCGCAUGGGGAAGCAUAACGUCGUCAUUGCUAGACCUAUCGGCCAAGGAAAAGCCAAUGCUGCUGAGACUGCGGUGAACAUGAUCCGCACGUUUCCCCAGAUCCGGUUUGGAUUGAUGGUAGGUGUUGGCGGGGGCGCCACAGACUCUCCCGAUCCCUACAUGGGAAAGAGAGAUAUUCGGCUCGGAGAUGUUGUUGUCAGCAGGCCUCAGGGCAAUUAUGGCGGCAUUAUGCAGUAUGAUACGGGUAAAAAGUACCUUGAAGGGUACAAAAUUAUAUCCCACCUGAACAAACCGAAAAAGACUUUGAUCACGGCGGCAAAUACGCUCCAAUCACACCACAACUUCAAGCAGGGGUGCAUGAAAUUGUAUAUGCAGGAGGCGAUCUCCAAGCUCCGGGAUCUGGAUAUGCCAUAUUUUGGCUUUCCGGGUCGCGAGCAUGACCUGCUGUUCCGGGCAGAGUAUCGCCAUCCUGACGAAGGUGAGGACUGCAGCAACUGCGACCUAACACAAAUAGUCGAUCGCGCCCCGCGACCGGAAGAUGGUCCCUCCGUCCAUUAUGGGCUCAUUGCAUCUGCAGACGUCACUAUGAAAGACCCGAUGUUUCGGGAUGAGCUUCGUAAGUCCGAAAAAGUACUUUGCUUCGAGAAGGAAGCGGCGGGUCUGAUGGAUCACUUCCCCUGUAUUGCCAUCCGGGGCAUCUCGGACUAUGCGGGCACUCAUAAGUGCAAGAAGUGGCAGCCGUAUGCUGCUGUAACUGCUGCGGCUUAUGCAAAGGAUCUAUUGGCGGUGAUUCCCCCCAGCACACUCGCCGAGGAUACAGCGGCGGCGAAAGAUAUCGAGCAAUUCGCACAAGAAUUCAACAAGAUAAGUACGACACUAGUCACCGAUUGCCACCAUAAGAUCCUAUCUUGGCUCUCUAAACUGGAUUUUAAAACCGAGCAGGAAGAGCUGUUUGGCAGAUCAGUGCCAACGGGAAAGUGGCUUCUUGAAUCCGAUGUAUUCAGGCGUUGGGUCGGAGGGACUCGCUGGCAACUUCGAUGUUACGGUGAGGCUGGCACAGGCAAGACCAAUCUCUGUGCUAUAGUGAUUCACCACCUCCAAACGGCUUUUCGUUUACCAAGUCCAGUCAUCUAUCUAUAUCUAAGUGAUGAUGAACAUAAACGAGCCAAACAAACACCAGAUCGUCUUCUGGGUAGCAUGCUAAAGCAGCUGAUCUUGUCUAAUCCCGACGUCGAUAUACCACCGGAGCUCAUAGAGGCAUACCAGGGCCGUGGCAAUGGAGCACUUUCGACUAGAGAAAUCUUGAAGCAGACGUUCCAGGACUUAGUGGCCAAACAGGUUCGCGUAUAUCUUAUAGUUGACGGUCUGGAUCAAUGCUCCCCCGAGGUUUCAGAGCUUAUCAAGGACUAUGCCCUGGGGCUUGUUCAGGAUGGCCUUCCCUUGAGCCUUCUCACUACCUCGCUGGGAUACCGAGAAGUUAAAAGAGUGGUUCAUUGCAAUCACUGCCCCAGACGAAACCUUCAGAUGUAUGUUCACUGUGAUUGCUAUUAUGGACGAUUUGACUUGUGCCUGGACUGCAAGGAACAAGGAAUCGCCUGUCCCAAUAAACACAAUGGCGAGGAGCCAUAUGACACGGUGCGAAUUGAGGUACGCGCUCAAUAUGACGAACUUGUAGAAUAUUGUCACGAGAUGAUCAGUCGGGCAUUAAAAACGGGCCGUGAUCGACGGGAUGAGCGCGUGCAUCCGUCGCCGAAGUAUAAUCCCCGGCCUGUUGCGCGAUACCUGCGCGAUAAGCCCGGGCUGAUUAAUCGCAUUUCUCAGGAGAUAGCAAGCAAUGCCCAAAGCAGUUUCAUCAUGGCGCAGGCUUGGCUACAGAACCUGUUAGAAAGUGACACGGAGCCAGAGAAUGGCGAACAGGUGAUGUGCUUUUUGGACAACGUACCGCUGGACCCUUUGACCGCGUACAUUAAUGAACGGAUUGCGAAGCUCAGAAGGUACAAGAAAGCGAACGAGCUACAUGUAGCAUUCACGACGUUUGCCUUGGUCAUGACAGCUUGUCAGCCCCUAACCAUAUCGCAAUUACAGCAUGCGUUGGCCCUCAAGAGCCCUUCAGGCCAAAUCGUCAAGUCAAACCUAGUCGACAGGGUUUUCAUUCUGAAGUCAGCAAACGGAUUAAUUACCAUACAGAUUGGCAACGAGUGGCACUCUGUUGUGCGUUUUUUCCACUAUACCUUGUCAACCGUGCUCGCCGGAAGUGACCAUCAUCCAUCUUUAAAGCGUGCAGAGUACAAGAUGGCGAAGCUUUGCCUGAAGUACUUACAGGAUGAGCAGUCUUCGAAACAUUAUGAGAAUAUUGCUGCAUAUCCUUUUCUAUCCUACGCUCUACAAUUUUGGGGAGAUCACGUUCGCAAAGCAAAUGAUCUACGGAUUGAGAAUGCAGCGGUUCAGUUCCUCAAAGAUCCUGUUCGUUUUGCAUGGCUCACACAAGCAGUCGCUAAGUGCUGUCCAGGUGUAUCUGAGGAGUGGAUCCAUGAAGCUAUGGACGUUCUUCACCUUUGUGCUUGGUUCGGUUUAACCAAUAUGGUCAACCUCCUGAUUGUUGAAAACCAUGAUGUUGGCGUACGUGAUCAUAAAUAUAGCCGUACCCCCUUACGGUACGCUUGCCUCAAUGGCCAUGUCGAGACGGUAGCAGAAUUAUUGAAGCACAACACCCCAGUAGAGGAGGAGGCAAUAGUCGACGCUAUGUGUGGUUUAACUUGUGCGGAUCGUCUGCAGUACGAACAGGAGGGACGGCAAAGAAUUGUUGAAGGGCUUCUGGAGACAGGCAAGAUCAAUAUCAAUGCCAAAUUAGGCACGAGGAGCCGAACGGUCCUCAUGCUUGCAGUGGGGCACGGCCAUUUUGACUUUGUUAAUGUGUUCCUGAGCCAUAAAUCAAUUGACGUCGAUACUCAGGAUUCAAAUGGCUGUACUGCAUUAUUGUUUGCGUUAUAUGCAGAGGAGGGCGUUUCUAUCCGCAUGAUCGAUACUGUGGCAGACCCUGUAUACAUUCCACCUUACGAAUAUAUCAACGAGAUCCGCUACGAGGAAUACAGGCGCCCGGGGCUUGUAAAAUUGUUAUUGCGAAAUGGUGCUAACCCAAACAUGAGAGACAACGCCGGUAACUCGACCUUGAUAUGGGCCAUCAGACUGGGCGCGCUGGAUGCUGUACAAACCCUCCUCGAGUGCGAGAGGUUAGACCUGCAAGCUGAAAAGGAGCUUAUCCACACAGCGAGCGCAAUGGGCCACCCAGAGAUUAUCCAUUUACUCCACUCGGCCCUUUCGCAGAGUAACAGAUUCCAUGUCUAUCACAUAAACGCCCGAGACGAACGCGGAUUGACACCACUACACUAUGCUAGCCUUUCGAACAGCGCACGUGCAGGUGAAGUGGCACAGAUUCUGCUCGAGCUGGGCGCAGAUCCCAACCUCACAGACGCCAGGAGCUGUACACCUUAUAUGAUGGCUUCCCUACUUCAACAGACACAAGUCAUAGAGGUACUACAGAGCAAAACCACAUCCCUCAAUGGGGAAACCAGAAGCAUGUUGGAUCUCCCCGUUUUGACCCUCGCCAAACAUGGCCACUGGGAAUUGCUUCGAGAAGUAAUUGCCUCCGGGAGGACUGACCUUACAUACAAAUGCAUGUUGAGUGGUGAUACCCUGGUACACAUGGCAACGGCAGCCAAUGAAACUGAUAUUUUGCGCUUACUUCUCAGCAAAUUCAACUUGCGACCAGACAUUGCAAUCAAUGAGCAAGGACGUACGCCACUGCAUCUGGCGAGCAGUGUGGAAAUCGCUACGUUAUUAGUCGAGAACGGCUACCAUAUCGACUCAACAGAUUUCAAUAAUGAUACACCAUUGGACAUUGCGCGUCGAUGGCCUGGGAUCUGUGAUGUCGCUGACUAUCUUGAAAAUGCGCUAAAGAUGUCCGAGCAAAAGCACGGUAUGGAGAUAUGGGGGCAAAAGACUAAAGGUGGAAUUGGGAGAGUGUCGGGCGAGCUCUCUGUGACUAUUCAUGAUCGUGGUUUGACGUCGGGCAACUCUCCUGCUUGGACCGGGCGACUGAAGCGUUGUUACCUCCAUCUACUGUUAGGUACCCUUCUUUUACUUGUAAUGUAUGUAGAACUAUUCGGUACUAGAAUUGUUUCCCUGUUGCAAUAG